AUGGCUGAAAAUCCUGAGCCAGCCGUGGGCCCGCCUCCCAACGAGUACGAACCCAAGCCGACCCUCCAAUACACGUCCAUCAUCGGGUUGCAGGCUGCCGGUGUCGGUGCCUUCGUCAGUGCAAUCCAGAAUGCACUAGGAACACACACGAGAGGUGCGGCGGGCUUCUUCACCAGGAGUGGAGGAACCAUUGGUAUCUUUGGUGCCAUGGGCGCGACAUUCGCCUUUACCGAGGCGGCGAUAGCAAAUCAACGCGAGAAGGACGAUGCAUUGAAUGGUGCGGCGGGUGCCUGCGCUGCAGGGUUUUUGGCUGGAGUCCGAGCACGCUCAUUGCCAAUGGCCGUUGCUUCUUGUGCUGUAAUGGGCACAGCGAUGGGUGCCUUCGAUUAUGGAGGGAAAAGUCUACAGGGAGUGCCGGAGACACAAGAGGAGAGGCGAAGGCGAUUUUUCAAGCAUCCUCCGCGGUCGCCGUUUCCAGUUCCAUCGACAGAAUCAGAAUAG